UGGUUACCUUAACAGUUAACAGUCAACCUUACCGUAGCCUCAUCACAUGGUGUCGUUUGUUUUCAAAAUUCCCUUGUGAAAAAUGCCAAGAUGAAACGAGUUUGUCUUCUAGACUUUUAGAAGUGUUUUUCCCUUUCUUGCCUUCCGCCGAGAUGGAUCGUCUUCGUUACUAUUCCCGCUUUUUGCUGCCACAGUUCCAGAUGUGGCGGCGUUACUCGAGUAUCCGUGGUUUGUCCAGAUCUCACGCAAGAUGUGCAGAAGCUGUGAAAAGAUCUGUAGACCGGGAUUUGAAGGAAGGGACGGAAAUGGAGGGAUUUCUAGUGAAUAAGGUGAGCUACGUGCCGGAGUUCAACAUGACGAUGGUGCGUCUGAGACACGUGAAGACCGGUUGCGAUUACCUGCACCUGGCCCGGGACGACCAGAACAAUGUCUUCGCUGUCAGCUUCAGGACCACCCCGACAGACUCCACCGGGCUACCGCACAUCCUCGAACACACGACGCUAUGCGGAAGCCAGAAAUACCCUUGCCGAGACCCCUUCUUCAAGAUGCUCAACAGGUCCAUGGCCACUUUCAUGAAUGCCUUCACAGGCCCGGAUUACACGAUGUACCCGUUCGCCACUCAAAACCGGACCGAUUUCAGUAAUUUAAUGUCCGUCUAUAUGGACGCCGUGUUCCAUCCAAAUUUGAGAGAACUAGACUUCAGGCAAGAGGGUUGGCGGCUUGAACACGAGAUAACCAACGACAAAAACACCCCCAUCGUGUUCAAAGGAGUGGUUUUUAAUGAGAUGAAAGGUGCUUUUUCGGAGAACCAAUCGAUUUUCGGCGAAGCCCUUUUAAACAACAUCCUACCAUCCCAUACGUAUGGCGUGAUAUCGGGCGGUGAUCCGAAAGUCAUACCUACCCUCACGUACAGCGAUUUGAAAGCAUUCCAUAAAAAAUACUACCACCCGUCCAACUGCAGGAUAUACAGCUAUGGGAACUUCCCCCUGCAGGAAACGCUGAAUUUCGUCAAUAAAAACUACCUAAUGGAUUGGCCCGAUACGCAAGAUUUCGGGAAAAUGACCAAAGUGCCGUCGGAGCCGCGAUGGGACUCGGAGAGGCGAAAGUCGAUCCACUGUAGACCGGACCCUUUUGCGAGUAAUCCAAAAAAGCAGUCGUCGAUCGCCAUUUCGACUCUUUGCAACGAUAUCAAGUCGCCGCAGGAAACUUUCGUCAUGGAAGUUUUAUCGGAGUUGCUGGUGAGAGGGCCGAAUUCGGCGUUUUACAAGUCUCUCGUCGAACCCAACAUCGGGGGUGGAUUCAACCCCGUAACGGGAUACGACUCACAGACCAGGGACAGUAUAUUUUCCGUAGGUCUGUCAUCAGUCGACCAGAGCGAUUUUGACAACAUAGUAGAAAUUUAUCAUAAAACUAUCGACAAAGUUAUCGAAGAGGGCUUUGAAGAGAAUAACGUCAAAGCGAUAUUGCAUUCGAUCGAACUUAAUACGAAACACCAGUCGACCGAUUUCGGUCUGGGCAUACUGUUCGCACUGACUCCCGUUUGGAAUCACGACGGAGACGUUGCGAAAAUGUUGAAGGUCAACGACAAAGUGAUGAAGCUGAAAAAAUGCAUUGCCGACAACCCACUGUAUUUUCAGGAUUUAGUUCAGGAGAUGCUAAAAGACAACCACCAUCGGCUUAUCCUCACGAUGAGUCCGGACGAUGGCUUCGAGGCGAAAGGGGCCUCGGCGGAAAACGAUUUGUUGACGCAGAAGCUCGCAAGCUUGACCAACUUGCAAAAAGAUAACAUAUACAACCAAGGGUUGGAACUCGCAAGGGACCAAGAAUUAAAGCAAGACGUCAACGUUCUGCCUACAUUGACCACAUCCGAUUUGAAUGAUGAUGUAGAAAGAGUCAAACUGAAAGGAUUUAUGGUUCACAAAGUUCCUACUCAAAUGUGUCUGGUUCCGACUAACGGCCUCACUUACUUUAGAGGGGUCGUCAAUACUAACAUACUAUCGGACGAGGCCAAAAACGUCCUACCCCUCUUCUGCUCCAUCGUCACGAAGAUGGGCACCAAAACACAUGACUACCGACAAAUGGAUCAGCAGAUACAGUUGAAGACGGGAGGUGUCUCUUUCUCGACUCACAUCGCCGAAAACAUUUACGAUACCGGUUCGUAUGAGGAGGGGGUCCUGUUCUCUUCUUUCUGCCUCGACAGGAACGUCAAGGCGAUGAUGGGCAUCUUUUCGGAAUUGUUCAAUUCGGUGAAUCUCCAGGACCAGAAACGGUUUGAAACCCUCGUAAAAAUCACCGCUAACAAUGUGAUCCACGGUAUCGCCGACAGCGGCCACCUGUACGCCCUAUCCACCGCCGCCUCGUUAAUUUCUCCCUCCGCGCUCAGGAAAGAACAAUUCGGUGGUCUUACCUUCGUACAGACGAUGAAGGAAUUGUCACAGAAGAAAAACCUCUCGGACUGUUUGGACAUGAUGAACGGAAUCGCGGACAUAGUCAUGAAAAAAAGGUUAAUCAGACUCGCCGUCAACACGAACCCCGAAUGCGAAGAAAAAGUCCUGUCCAGCUUGGAAGGCUUUUUAAAAAGCGUACCCGGCGAAUUUAAACAGCCUUUCGAACUGUCGAAACCGGACAACUUUAAGACAGGCGCUUUCGCCAUUCACCACGUCCUUCCAUUUCCGGUGAGCUACGCCGCAUAUUGCGUCCCGACGGUGGAGUACACGCAUUCAGACUUUCCGGUGCUCAGGGUCUUAGCGAGGCUUUUGACUUCCAAGUACCUUCUCGUCAAAAUAAGAGAAAAGGGCGGAGCGUACGGGGCCGGUGCGAACGUCUCCACCUCGGGCACAUUCAGCUUCUACUCCUACAGGGAUCCCAAGCCCUACGACACCUUCGACACGUUCAACUCUUCCAGAGAGUGGAUCCAAGCCGGGAACUUCACCGAUCAGGACGUCGAGGAGGCCAAACUCGGUGUCUUUCAGUCCAUCGACGCUCCCGUGCCACCCGGAUCGAAAGGAGUGCGCAAUUUCCUACUCGGCAUCUCGGACGACGAGCUCCAGCGACACAGGGAGGUCUUAAUUCGUCUUAAGAAGGAAGAUGUCAUCCGAACGGCUUCGCAUCUGGAGUCAAAAAUCCAGGGCCGAGCCCUCAUAGGACCUCCCAACGAAACUAUUUUAACGAGGAAGAAAGAAAACUGGACCAAGAGGAUAACUGAAUAGAUUAAAAUAUAGUUUAUUAUUUUUUAAAAAUAUCGUUUUGUUGUUGAUGUUAAUUACUAUAAAUAGAUUCGUUUGUUUAACUUUGA